AUUAAAAGCUUCGUCUGGAAGCAUAACCGUAACAGUGCCAACACUAACUAUUCGUAUCUGCCAGGAGCAGAAUCAUCAGCAUUAGCAUCAGCAGCAGCAGCCGAGCGGCAAACUCCACUCCGCUUGGCACAAUUCGGCCCUACGGACCGAAUUCUGGCACCCGCACAUUCCAAACUACGAGUCCAUUUUCCUUUUAGACCAAAUAGUGCUGUGUUUUUGUGGAAAAACUUUGAAUGGCCCAGGCCGUUAAACUUAAUGGCCUUAGUUGCGAGUUGAACGCGAGAUGUCCUCCCGCCAGUCGUCCGUACAGGUGCUAAGCUCAUCGGUGGGCCAAGAAAAGCACUUGUCAUCCCCCGAAAUCCCAACUGACUUCUGUGAUAAUGAGCGUGACUAAAUGCCCCCAUGUCUACGUAAAUAAGGAUAAACGAUAAGUAUAUACCACAGUGCUUGGCAAGGACAAAAACAAACCCUCUAGAGUAAAGCGGGAAACUCAAAAAACAAAAGGACCAUCUCGCUGGCAGUUUCCAUGGCGGGCUGGAGAGGACGCAGUGCCACUUUUGUGGCCUGGCUGGCAUUGCUCACAGUCACCCAGUCGGUGCGCAUCACCAACCUGAGGGUGCCGCGUACCUACACUCUGCAGCGCAACCAGGAGCCUGCACCUUUGGUCCUUGACUGUGAGGUCGAGAUCGAUGCCGGAGAGCAGGGAUUCGUCCUCAAGUGGCUGUUCAACAACCACUCCAUCUACCAGUGGAUACCCUCGGUCAAGGGGUUCGCCAUGGGCUUCAUGAAGUCAAAGAUAGACACCAAAAUAUUCACCAUGGAGGGCAGUGGGCCCGGUGUUAUAUCGAUAAAGAAUCCCGACUGGAACAUGACAGGGGAGUACACGUGCGCGGUGCAGACCUUCGAGUCCACGGAUAAGCGGAGUGCCCGCUUGCAAAUAAUCGUUCCUGAAUCGGAUUUCAUGCUGGAGGCUAGGAUGGGCAGCUCGCGUGCGGACGUGGACAUCAUGUGUGCGGUCCAGCACGUCUUCCCCCAGCCUCUGGUAUCGGUCAUGUUCAACACGCACAUACUGGACUCCGUACUGACGCAUUUGGACCAGGACCCCAGUGGUCUCUACAGCAUGACCGUGCGCUCCCGUAUUCCUAGAGAUCAGAUCGAAUCCCCCACCCCGAUCACCUGUGCAUUUAUCCUGUCCGGCACGAACUACACUAAGCGCCGGGAGACUAUAUUCUAUGAUAAGGCCUCGACCAUACAGCACAAGUGGACAACGGUAGCCGUAGUCAUGUCCAUCGCAUCCUUAGCUCUAAGCAGUUAGUUCGUUAGAAUCCUACUAUAUAGAUCACAAUUGUUUCUACUUUUAUACUAGAGUCCUUCAUUUUAAAAUAGAGUUUUAACUGAUAAACGUAAUUUUUUGCGAUAUUUUUAAAAAGCGCUUAUUUUAUAAAUGCCUUUGGAAGUAAGGGAACGGAACGUAUGAUACGUAAUUCGAAAAAAAACUAAAACAAACACCACAAAGGGUUAAGCAAGCUUGCCCGGGAACACAAAACUACUAAUAUACCAAGACAGAAUAAUAUUGUAUUCAGACAUAUAUUUACUAUAUAAACAAAUAUAUAUAUAAUAUAUAUACAUAUGAUAUAUAUACACGAAGUAGAGUCUAAACGCUAAUAAAAAAUAGAAAAGAAAACAUGAAAAGUGCAUUAAACUUAUCGCUUUAGUCGUUUUUCGUCCUUUGCUAAUA